CCUGGCUGUUGACCACCCAACCAAAAAAACACACACACAACCACUACCACCGCAACAUCUCACCCAGGAUGGCCAUCAGCCCAACCGGAGAACGUUCUCAGUCACCUCAAGACUCAACUAAACAAAAGACAAGCCCAUCGUCACAAUCAGAUCACCAUCACCACCAUGAGAACAAUGGACGAGCUGAAGAGCAGUCCAAGGAGGGAGCUGACAGGGGAACAGAUGACCAUCCCAGUCGUGAACUAGAACCAGAACGAGAAGGCGAAAGAGAAAGGGAUCGAGAAGAACCCGAGAAGAAGAACGGAGAGAAUGAAGGAGGUGAAGACAAAAGCUCUAUUAAUGAGGAACACAGUAAUAAAUCUAGAAGCCGACGUGAAAAGGAUAGAGUGCACAGAUCAACUGACAGGUCGCGGGAUCGCGACAGGGACUCUCGUAGAAGACAUAGAGAUCGUAGCGAUCGUGAUCAUAGAGAACAUGACAAGGGUGAAAGAUUAGAACGAGCAGAGAAAACGAUCGAUCGAUCGCCUGGAAAGGACUCUGAUAUCCGAAGUCAUAGUAGUCGUCCUAGUCAUAGAAGACAUCGCUCUCGCUCUCAUGAGACCGCUGAAAGAAGUCAUACUGAUCGUAGCAGACACCGAGAGCGUGAUAGGCGUGAUAGAGACCGAGAUCGAGACCGGAACCGAGAACGAGGAGAUAGAGAUUUGGAACGGGACCGCGAACGUGAUAAAGACAGAGAGAAAGAUCGAGCUCGUGACCGAGACCCUAAAAGGAGUCAUCGCUCCCGUGACUUGGACGAGGACAGGGACCGUCACCGGAAGAGACCACGUAGCAGGAGCAGGGAGCGUUCUAAGGAACCUCGUCCGCGCGACUUGGAUGGCAGGGAAUCUGAGCGGCAGAGGAGAUUUGAAGAAGCGGAUGGCGAAGAUAGGCGUCGCCGCCCAGAUCGUCGAAGUCCUCGCUAUCGCCCCUAUGAGCCCACUGGGUCACCCCCGCGGAGGUCCUCGAGUCCUCAUCUAACAGAGGAAGAACAUGAGAUGCGUUCUGUUUUUGUCUCUCAACUUUCUGCUCGUGUGGGCGAUCGCGAACUCUUCCAAUUCUUCGAGCAACAGGCCGGGAAAGUUCGCGAUGCAAGAUUGAUCACUGAUCGUAUCUCUCGUCGAUCGAAAGGAGUCGGAUACGUAGAGUUUCGUGAAUUGGAAAGUGUUCAGAAAGCACUGGCACUAACUGGAACUAAAUUGCUUGGUCUGCCAGUCAUGGUUCAAUAUACCGAAGCAGAAAAAAAUCGACAAGCCAUGGCAAACACUCAGCCAAAUGUACCACCUGGAUUUGUUGCUACGGCUCCACCACCUCCUGUUCCCCGACCUUAUGUUGCCCCCAAAGCCAGGGGGCCCGGUCCGAACGAUCCCAACAGCUACGCCAGACUAUAUGUGGGCUCAUUGAAUUUCAAUCUUACAGAUGACGAUAUUCGACAGGUAUUUCAACCCUUUGGUGAUAUCGAAUACGUCGACCUUCACAGAGAUCAGAUAACAGGCAAGAGUAAAGGUUAUGCGUUUGUUCAGUUCAAAAACAUGCAUGAUGCGAAAAAUGCCAUGGAAAAAAUGAACGGGUUUCAGUUAGCAGGUCGAGCCUUACGGGUUGAGAUCAAAGCCCAGCCUCCAGCUGCCCUGUUAAAUGCCACCGCACCUGGUGUAGCGAAUCCAGUCAUAGUUACCCCUUCGGGCGGCAACUUUACCGCCCCUGCACCUAGCACCUUCGAAGAACGCUUAGAAGACCCAAUUGGUGGUAACUUGAACCAAAUUUCCAGGGUUGAGUUGAUGCACAAGCUCGCGAGAACCGAACAACCAACUAAUGUACCAGUCACUGACAUGUUCCGUCCCAAUAUUCCCACGGCUACUUCGCGCUCAGUGCUCUUGAAAAACAUGUUCAAUCCUGAGGAAGAGACCGAGCAAGGAUGGGAUAUUGAGCUGCGAGAUGAUGUCAAGGGCGAAUGCGAGGAGAAAUAUGGCCCGGUCUUGGCUAUCGCUAUUGAAAAAGAAUCCACCGCUGGUGAUAUCUACAUUACAUUUGAUUCUGUCCCAUCCGCUCAAAAAGCUAUCACAGGCCUUAAUAAUCGUUGGUUCGGUGGCCGUCAAAUCACUGCUGCUUUUAUCUCCGACGCUCUCGUCGCUGCUCAUGGCGGAAAAUAAUUAAUAUAACAUAUUUACAAAAUGGAGGGGAGGGAGACCCCAUAAGAAAUGUUUUUUUUUGGACUGGAGUCUGGAGAUCAGUCCUGCGUUCUUCCUGGUCUUGUUGAUCAUCACUCCGUCUCUCCCUCUCCCGACCACCCUAGUUAUGUAGGAGAUACACUCUUUCUCUCUCUGUUGAAAUGCAAUCACACGUUAUAGCCCUAG